AUGACAUACUCACUCUUCAUCGGCAACAAACGGUACUCCUCCUGGUCAAUGCGACCCUGGGUUCUCCUCAAAGCCCUCAACAUCCCUUUUGAAGAAAAGCUCAACCUCUUCAAACCCGGCAUCCGCCAGCCCGAAUUCCUCGCUUUCUCACCAUCCGGAAAAGUCCCCUGUCUUCAUGACUCCGAAAAUUCCAUCGUCGUGUGGGAUUCACUUGCUAUUUGUGAAUACAUCGCUGAGACAUAUCCUGAGGCUUGGCCAAAGGAUGUUGCGGCGCGUGCUUUUGCUAGAUGUGCCGCUGCAGAAAUGCACUCUGGUUUCAACGCCAUUCGGGACGAGUGCUCCAUGGUCGUCGCCCUACGCAUAGAGCUAGGGGAGCCGAGCGAGGCGCUGCAGAGGGAUAUUGAUCGGUUUACUGCACUUUUUGAAGAGGGAAUUGAGAAGUUUGGUGGACCUUGGUUGGCGGGUGAGAAGUUUACUAUCGUGGAUGCUAUGUAUGCUCCUAUCGCCUCCAGGUUCAAGACGUAUGGAAUCGAGGUGAGUGGGAAGGCAAGGGGAUAUGCUGAGAGGCUAUUUGAGCAUGAUGCUGUGCAGGAGUGGGUGAAGGGUGGUAUUGCCGAGACGAGUAGAGAGCCUAUGCAUGAGGAGGAUUGCUUGAGGGGACGAAAGUUGCUUAAGGACUUGACCAAGGAGUAG